UUGUGUUUGUCAUUCUUUUGUGGGGUUUCCCUGAGUGUCUCUCUCUUGAUGAGUUAUUAACUAUGACAAUAAAGCAGUGAAUUUUUCUUCUCCACACAAGAGCAUGGAGGAGAUGAAAUUGCAGAGCACAAGUUCGGAACAAUACAAGUGGAGCCAGUAGGCCAGAACGCUCCACCUGUAAUUCUCGUCUCAUCAACCUCAGGUGCCAGCAUGGAUGUGGAGGAUGAGCCACUGCUGUUUCAGACCAGCUGGGGAGGGGAGGAGGAGGAGAUGGAGAUGGAGGAGGAGGAUGAGGAUGAGGAUGGAGUAAGGCUCGCAACAGGACAGAGGUGUUUUUCUGGGGAGGCUGGGGAGUGUGGGCUUUGGAGGGCAGUAGGGUGGGUGUACACACAGCCCUGGGCCAGUGGAGUGGUUUUAGGGGUAGUUGUCUCGCUACCGUGCGCCCUGUAUGCCUACAUGCUCCUCUACUGCCCUCCUCUGGACAUAGACCUCUCCUACAGUGCCUUUGAGGUUCACAGUCACUUCUCUGCCGAGCGCUUCGAUGCCCUCACCAUUGCUGUAAAGACUCAGCUGGGGUCCUGGGACAGACGUAGGCGAGACUUAGAUAACAACGAGUCUGAGGCCCUGAGGGAGCUUCUGCUGGAGAAGCUGAGCAGACAGGGAGCAUUCAACAGGACAGACAAUGAGGGCGUGAGGUUUGACCCUUUACAUGCAGUAGAUGAUCAGAAGAGAGGAGCCUCAGAGAGCAGAGAUAAAAGGACAGUGCUUGAUUUGAGUCUGGAGGAAAUUGGGACGCAAAAGAACUCAAAUUUCAGAGCAGCUGAGAGAUCAUGGGACGAGAACCUGACUCCUCCGCACAUUAGGAGGCGCAGGUUUGCUCCCAAUUACUACCUGCAGAGCCAGGCUUUGUGGAGGAUAGAGCUGGUGUUUGUGGCUCAAGGGGAAGGCGAUCGCAACAUCUUCACCCCUGAACGUCUGCAGACGAUUCACCACGUGGAGCACCUGCUCAUGCAGCACCCGCAGUUUCAUCAGUUCUGCUGGAAGCCUCUGGAGAUGUUGAGGGAUCUGCCACUGGGACCGUCCUACUGCUCCCCACCCAGCUCAAUUCUAUCUUACCUGUACCCCAGUGAGAGGGGAGGGAAGAUAUACUAUGAUGGCAUGGGCCCAGAUCUAGCUGACAUUGAAGGUUCUCUGAGUCUGGCCAUCACCCACCCACAGUUCUACUGGUACGUGGAUGAGAGUCUGUCCCCUGAGCAUCUCUCCUCCUCCCUCUUGCGCAGUGAGAUCCACUUCGGAGCUCCUCUUCCGUCCUACUACUCCAUACAGGACCGAGCUCACGAGCAAAGAUCACGUUUCAAAAACUUUGUUGUUCAGUAUGCAGACAUCCUGGCAAAGCAAUCUACCAGCCAGGUGAAGGUGCUGUAUGGCGGAACAGAGCUGUUUGAUGAUGAGGUGAGACACACCUUCCACAAUGACAUGAUGCUGGCUGUCAUCAGUGGAGCUUGCAUUACUGUGCUCGUCUAUGUCCUUACCUCCUUUUCUGUGUUUCUGACUUUCUUCGGACUUACUAGCAUUGGACUGAGCUGCCUAAUGGCUCUUUUUCUGUACCAUGUUGUCUUUGGCGUGAGGUACCUGGGCAUUCUCAAUGGAGUGGCAGCCUUUGUUAUUAUCGGUAUCGGGGUGGAUGAUGUAUUCGUGUUCAUCAGCACCUUCAGACAGGCUUCUCAUCUGCGUGACCGCAGCAAGCGAAUGAUCUACACAAUUAAAACAGCCGGCCGAGCUACUUUUCUCACCUCCUUCACUACUGCAGCUGCUUAUGCUGCUAACAUCUUCUCUCAGAUUCCAGCCGUGCAUGACUUCGGCCUAUUCAUGGCCCUCAUUGUCAGCUGCUGCUGGCUUUGGGUAUCAGCCCUGAUGCCCGCCGCUCUUUGUAUCUGGACUCAGUGUGUGGCGCCUCAGGAACACGUCUGGUUGAAUUGCUGGAAGCUGUUUUCGGGCCUGUCAACGAGCCACGGGCCUUUGUCAGAUGAGGAUGAUGAUGUGACACUUCUGUCGGUGGAGAUGGAGCCAGGCUCCUGUGACACGGACGGCGACGCGGCCAUUCUUUCCCUGUCAGUGGAGAUGCCUCGGUCCCCUCCAGGGCAGCAGCAUGUGGGUGUGGUGAGCACGAAUCUCCGGUGGGCGCUGAAGCACUUAGUGGCAGAGCCAGUCGUGGUGCGACGAAAGGUCGUUCUAGGUGUCUUCCUCCUGGUGCUGCUCUUGUCUGCCGGGUUCUGCUGUCUCCUGAGGCCCGCCACUCACGCCCCUCUUCUUUUCCGCCGGGACACAAACCUCCAGACUCUGCUGGCUCUGAGGAGCAACCUCAGCGGCCAAGGCAUCUCCUGCCCCAUGUGCUCAGGUGUGUUCAUGGAAAAGCCACAUCCUUUGUACAGCCACGCUUCCUCAUCAGCAUUUAAGUUCUCUACACAUCAGCAAACUGAGAGCACAUCAACCUUCUCUUCUCCUCGGAGAUUAGGAAAACCAAAUUCAAGCACCAAUCAAACAGGCUCUUUACUCACAGUUUUCAUAUCAAAUUUGGACCUCGGAGCCUCUACAACCAUUUACCGCUUCUCCCUCAACACCAGCACUCCCUCCCCAUGGAAACUGUGCAGCACAGAGCAUGGAGAGGUGUCAUCAUUUCAGGCUUAUAAUCAGCCCCGUGGCAAUUACACCACCAGAAUGACAGUGUGUGUCCAUGUGUACCACCCGUACCGCUGGAUGAUCACAUCCACCUCAUGUGAACCCCAUCAUGGCUGGACGCCAGAGUUUUCCUUUUAUGUAGCGUCGUCUCUGCAGCAGCACAGCAGGAGACUGUGCUUUGCCCAGUGCCGCCUAAGGCCUCAUCCCAGCCGCGUGUGUGUCAACCCGCCUGGCUGCGGCCUCAGUUCUGGGCCUGAUGGACCCACACAGGGAACCUUUUACAUUCCUCUUCCCAGUGAUCCUUCUUCUGCUGCCAAAACAAAAUCAUCCAAAACGUUUGGCUUCAACCCAUGCAGUGGCGGUGCGUGUGGCCAUCCAGCAGUUCGUCCUCUGGUCGACACCGGGGCAAUGGUUUUUGUUGUGUUUGGCAUCUUGGGAGUCAAUCGAACCGAAAACAGGGACAACCACGUUAUUGGCGAUAUGGGCAGCAUUAUUUUGGACCCAGACUUUGAUAUUUUCCAGGAAAUGGGGCUUCUUUGCAAGAUCUGUAAAGCUAUUAGUGCAAACGCACAACUUGUAAAGCCAGGAGGAGCGCAGUGUUUGCCUUCAGGUAAUAAACUGUCGUCUGUUCUGCCCCUGCUCCAUCCUGAAUGUCACUCUCUCCCUGAGCCCAACCUGCUCCCUGGGCAGCUCUCUCACGGAGCGGUGGGAAUGCAUGGAGGCAAGGUCCGCUGGCUGUCCAUGGCCUUUGAGUCUACCACAUACAAAGGAAAAUCCUCCUUUCAGACCUAUUCUGACUUCAUUCAGUGGGAGAACUUCCUCCAGGAGCAGCUCGCCUCACUCCCGCAGUCCUCCGCUCUGCAACGGGGUUUCCAGACCUGCGAGCACUGGAAGCAGAUCUUCAUGGAAAUUAUAGGUGUGAAGAGUGCCCUCUGGAGUCUGCUGCUAUCUCUGGCCAUCUGUGUGGCAGCUGUGUCUGUGUUUACUGCACAUCUUCUGCUGCUGCUCCCUGUACUCAUAACCAUUCUAGGAGUGAUCUGUCUGGUAGUGGCGGUCAUGUAUUGGCUGGGCUGGGAGAUGGGAGGUGUGGAGGCCAUUUCUCUAUCUAUACUUGUGGGAUCUUCAGUGGAUUACUGUCUGCACCUGGUGGAGGGAUACCUGCUGGCUGGGGAGGCCAUUUCCUCUAUGCCUGGUCAUAACUCAGAGUCUGGGCCCGAGAGGCAGAGACGGACCUUGGAGGCAGUGAACCAUGUGGGCGUUGCCAUAGUGUCCAGUGCUGUCACCACGGUGAUCUCCACAGUCCCGCUCUUCUUCUGUGUCAUUGUGCCUUUCGCCAAGUUUGGCCAGAUAGUGGCCAUUAACACCGCCGUCUCCAUUUUUUUCACCCUUACCGUGACUGUGGCCAUGUUGGCAUGUAUGGCCCCCGCCCACUUCAGCAGACCCCCCGGCGCUGUGCUGAAGGCCACCCUGGCCGUGAUGGCCGCGGCAGCCUUGGGAGCAGCUCUGUGCUGGGUGGGAGGACAGCUGGGAGUGUUGGACUGGCCAUCAAUUAGCACGUAAACACAACUGUGCGCCUAUCACACAGGCAGGGGAGUUCCUCUGUACACACAACUAUAUAAGCACUCUAUUGUCCUCCUUGUUUGGGAGAAAUAUCAGAUCAGUAAAUGAUCUUGUUCUUUACAGCACAAAGAUGUCAGAAUUUAUUCCAUAUUUACAAGCUGUUUGUCAUUACAAAGUACAUAUUUUUCACUUGUAUUGAUCAGUGGCUUUUAAGAACCUCAAAGUACUAUAGUGUAAUAUGACUGUGUGACUCACUGUUGUGGGUUGACCUUUCUGGAUUGAGAUGACAAUUCAGCUAAUUUGAUUCCAUAUCAUCUUCAGCCUCUCGUGGAGAUAAGUGAGUAAUUGUUGGGAAAUACAGGCUGAGUCACAGUUUUCACGAGUGUAAGUCAUUGCCACUGACUGUUCUGUGACGUGCUGAGAGGGGGCCGCGCUCUGACGUGCGGGAUGAUUAGUGUUACUGGUUCACAUGAUUCAUGGCCAUCUUGUGAAACAUUGCGUUUGUUUGAUUUCUUUAGUGUGUUUCCUUAGUUGUGCAUUGAAUGUGUUUUCAGCCACAUUAGUAACAAUGGUCAUGAUGUCCCGAUGUUGCUGGAUUAAAAGUUGUACUAGUCAAGUUUAUAUACCGUGCACAGUUUUUUAAAAUGUAAUGUGGGAUGUUAAUGUUUCCGUAUGCUGCUCUCACAUAUUCUGCACUUUUGAUGCUGCAAGCACACACUUGUUCUGAAGAGUUGUGUAAACCAAAACUUCCAAGAAGAUAUCGGCCUCUUUUUAAAUUUUUUUUUACCCUUUCACAUGAUUAUACCUUGGAACUCAAACUGCUUCAAUGUCUCUAUUUUCGUGUCAUCAGCACCAACUGAAAGAGACCUCUUGUCAGCUCCUCAGGUGUGCCCUCUACACGUCCUCCACUGCACUUGUAGGCACUCACUGUAACCCACUCUGCUCCCUCGCCUGCACUCACCCAGUUUCGAGCACCACUCAAACACCCACCGACACCAGCUCUGGUCGGCCCCGCAGUGAAGGUGAGGGCCAUUUGACAAACAGCAUAACACGAGGGAUGGAGAGAGGGACGGACUUGAU